CGUUAUCCAUUGAGGAUAGAGAAUACAAGUGACGCGAGGCAUUUUAACCAAUCAGCAUCGUCGGUAGGCGGGGAGAGCGUAAAGAGAAAAGCAAUCUUCUUGAUAACAAUUUCGCAAAGCUGCCGGUAAUGUGCGAAUUAAACGAUGAACAAACGCCGACAGAUUUUAGACGCCACUCCUAAAGAACUUAGUAUAAUUCUACGAAGCUCACAGAAAUGAGAAAACAGCGUAGAGCGUUAAAACUAGGUGAUUAUGUUUGAAAACAGACGGAAUCGGAACUCUCACAGCCUAACGAGAUGUAACUCAGAAAGACGGAUCUGUGAUUGACAGCACCUUACUCUUCGUCUUUUAAACCGCACUAAACAGUGGACGAGCAUGUCGACCGAUAUAAGCCUGCACGAGCUGCUGGACCUCUCCAUAGGGACCCCAGACGUCGGAUCUGUCAAUUUCAGCGCACUGCACACUUUACUGCACGCCCUCUUGGGACACCUGAAGAUUGAGAGGGUCACAACUACCUGGAAGGAGGUGGACCACGAGCAUGACAGCCCAGCCCAGACCAAAGCCUUGCUGCUGGACACUUCGAGCCCCUACAGGGCGCUGGAGGAGAAGCUGCAGCGGAUGGAGGAGCAGAUGUGCGCGCUGGAGGCUCUGCCCAGCGCCUCGGAGCUCAUGAGGUCCGACACCGCGCUCAGCGACAUGUGGACGCUCAUGCAGCUCCGCAGAAAGACGCAGGCCAACGAGGACGGGGUGUCCAAGUGUAUGGCUUUAAUCCAAGACCUGCUGAAGGAAAUCCAGGAACUCAAAGAGUCCAGAGACGAUCUGAGACUGAAAGUUGAUGCUCUGAAUGAUCAGCUCAGCCAGCUGAACUUGAAUGAGUUGGCAGACCGUAUCUUGGCUAUGGAGCAGUAUUGCCACCAAGUGGAAGAUUUGGACAACACUACGAAAGAGCUGAAGGACAAGAUGGCCCAGUACCCUGUUCCAGAAGAGCUCACGCAGUGUGUCACAUGGGAAGUGAUGCAGGCUGCGCUCAUCAGCGAGAGGCAGAAGAUUCAGGAGGCACGUCCAGCUGGGUUGCAGGACACCCUCUCCGCCGCUAAAAACAUUGCACCCGUUCACCCUUUGAACCUGGGUAUCCCGUUCAAAGACGACAGAGCGGGUGCAGGUGGCACAGCUGGUGUAGAUCUCUCUCGGCGGGUUUCUCCUCCCCAGCAGUCCCUGUCUGACGGGGCUCUGUGCACUGUGACGGGCCGCCGACUGUCCCGGGUCAGCAUUGGGGCUGAGCGCUACCCGGAGACCGUAGAGGCUCUGAUGGAGGUGGGCGGACUGAGAGACAGGCACGAGAGUCUGGAGGCCCGCGUGGGGCAGCUGGAGUCGAACAAGGCUGAUCAGACCCAGCUUCAACAUCUGCGUGAUCUUCUUAAUGCCAUGGAAGAGAGGCAGGUUCCUGACCAAGUGCCAGAGCAACUGAAUCAUCUGAGGACUCUUGUGGACAGUCUGCUAGCAGAUAAAGAGAAGGUGUCAGAUGUGGAGAGUGUGUUGAUGGACAUGAGGACUGUACAGGUGUGUGAGAGUUCAGACUCUGCAGGACAGGGCACAGGUUCAGCCAGCGGUCAGCACACACACUCCUCAGAGAUAGAGCAGCUGAACCUGCAGACGGCUCACAUCAGGAUUGCUGUACUGAAGCUGGAUGAGAAAGUGCAGGAGCUGAUAAGAGAGAAGAUGCGUGACAGAGCAGAAGAGAGAUACAGUGAAGACAGACACAUACAAGAGCAGUUGAACAGCCUCAGGGCUAUGAUGGAGGAUGUGAGGUCCUCCUCAUCCUCUCUACUCUCACAAAGUGGACAGCAGGAGGCAGUAAGCUUCAGCAAAGCAGACGGACAGGAUCAGGGUCAGAGUUCAGGUCAGGGUCAGGGUCAACAGCAGACAGAAGGUCAGGGUCUGGAUCAGGAGGUCAGUCAGUUGUCCCAGUCUCACAACAAACCUGAGGACAAGACCACUCUCCUCAUGAACCAGGGACAUGAGGACAGGAACAAGAACACUGAUCUGGUGAGAGAUUUAGAGGGAGCCAUACUGCAGCUGCAGUCCAAGUGUGAGAAACUCCACAGAACAUCCAACCACCUGAUGGAGGAACACAGCAAGAAACAAACACACAUCGACCAUCUGUUCAAGAUAGUGGAAGAACUGGAUGAAAAGAAAGCUGACAAGCAAGUGGUGGAAAUGGAGAUUGAAAUCAAAGCAGACAAGCGGGCUCUGGAGAGCAAGGUUAGCCGCAUGCAGUUCGACAGCAUGUCAGAGCAGCUCAAUAACAUGUUACAGGAUCUGCUGAGUAAGAUCAGCGGUCAGGAGCAGGACUGGAACAAGGUGAUCGAGAAGAUCUCCACCGAGAUGGACUGCAAGUUGAACCGGAUUGAGCUGGAUCCUCUGAAGAAACAGCUUGAUGAUCGCUGGAGGACCAUUCAUAAGCAUCUGCAGACACCUCCGAUCCCCGAGCAGGACGACGCCGCUGGAUUUAGGAAACAACUAUUGGCCCAUUUUCACUGCAUCUCCUGUGAUCGUCCCGUGGAUAUGAUGACACCAGGACAGAGCUUGGUGACCCUGCCCUCUGCCCCAGGAAUGCCCUCUCACAAGUCCAGCCGGCCGUACACUGUGUAUGAGCUGGAGCAGGUGCGACAGCACUGCAGGAGAGGCUUGGCGCAGGAUGAGCAUAGCCAUGUUUUAAUAUGCAGGCAUAUAGAUCAAGAGCCCAGUCAGUGUCCCAAAUCAAGGACCCCAAAGCUCCCAAACAGCCAGGGUCUGCCAGAAAUUUCACGGACCCACUACCGGCCCAACCUGGGUCCAGCAAAGUGGAGCAGCAGUCGGUCCAUGAGCAAGCAUGAGAGGAUCCCAGAAAUGGCCGAUUACAGUUACCUAUCCCGUAACUGUGGGGGCAGCCACACCCUCACCUACCCCAGCCGCCGCUACACCCGCCUUCAGCACAUCACCCAUCUGAUCCAGAGCGAAGAGGAGGGUCCACCCGUGUCCUCUGGUCCGCCCACACAGGCAGCAGAAGUGGACAUCUUAGGUUUGGAUGGACAGGUCUACAAGGGCCGAAUGAGCAGCAGAACAGUGAGGCUCUCCGAGACGAGAUUUCCAACCAUCUCUCCUCGAGAAGGCAACUGGAAGAGCAAAGACAAGGUCAUCCGUUCACAGUCCCAGAGGUCCAGUGGAGUGGACGCUGGCCGUGGAAGUCCUGCCCGGCCACAGAGUGCCAAGACUCACCGCAGCCGAUCGGCGUCCAGCACCUCAAUGAAAGAUCGGCCCCUGUCCUCUAUGGGCUGUCUGUCCCAGAACGUCCCGCUCCAGACCUCAUUCCAUGACACCACCACAGAGCUGAAAGAAGCACUGGAGCUCCACAAAGAGCUCAACCAAUCAGAAGAUGAGCCGUUGACAUCACUCUAGAGAUCCUCCAAUAGGAGCCGCUCCAUUGUCUGAAUAAAAUGUUUACAGCAGUGCGCGACACAAGCUAUAUAUGUGAAACAGAAGGUUCCUCUGUCACAUUGAGAAUAUCUAUCUAAGACUUAAUAUAUGUUUUUUGCAUAAGCGUCAGUCAUAUUAAAUAUGCACAACAUU